AUGGACAACUCGCUGGACUUCUCCAUGAGCCAGAGCGGCGCCGUGGACUUCCCGUCGGUGAACACGCCGUCGAAGAAGGACGCGCUCGCCGUCGGCGCCGCCGUCGAGGCGCGCCACAACGGCGGCCGCAAGUGGUACCCGGGCAAGAUCUCCAAGGCCCACGACGACGGCACCUUCGACGUCGCCUACGACGACGGCGACCGCGAGUCGGGCGUCGUCAAGGAGUUCGUGCGGCCGGCCGGCGGCUCGCCGCGCCGGUCCCCGCGCAAGGGCAAGCACGCCGCGGGCGCGCGCGUCGAGGCGCGCUACCGCGGCAAGAGCAAGUUCUACCCGGGCAAGAUCGCCAAGGCCAACGACGACGGCUCCUACGACAUCGCCUACGACGACGGCGAGAGCGAGGCCAACGUCAUCGAGGCCCUCAUCCGGCCCCUCGGCGGCGCCGGCGCCGGCGGCGCCUUCGCCGUCGGCGCCGCGGUGCAGGCGCGCUACCGGGGCAAGUCGAAGCUCUACCCGGGCAAGGUCGCCAAGGACAACGGCGACGGCACCUACGACAUCGACUACGACGACGGCGAGAAGGAGUCGAACGUCGCCGAGGCGCUCAUCAAAGCGUCCGCGGCGGCGCCGGCGGCGACGGGCACGGGCGGCGCCUUUGCGGUGGGCGCCAAGGUCGAGGCGCGCUACCGCGGCAAGUCGAAGUACUACGCCGGCGUGAUCGCCAAGGAUAACGGCGACGGGACCUACGACAUCGACUACGACGACGGCGAGAAGGAGUCGAAGGUGGCCGAGGCGCUCAUCAAAGCGAGCGCGGCGGCGCCUGCUGCGACGGGCACGGGCGGCGCUUUUGCGGUGGGCGCGAAGGUCGAGGCGCGCUACCGCGGCAAGCCGAAGUACUACGCUGGCGUGAUCGCAAAGGAUAACGGCGAUGGUACCUACGACAUCGACUACGACGACGGCGAGAAGGAGUCGAACGUCGCCGAGGCGCUCAUCAAAGCGUCCGCGGCGGCGCCUGCUGCGACGGGCACGGGCGGCGCUUUUGCGGUGGGCGCGAAGGUCGAGGCGCGCUACCGCGGCAAGCCGAAGUACUACGCUGGCGUGAUCGCAAAGGAUAACGGCGAUGGUACCUACGACAUCGACUACGACGACGGCGAGAAGGAGUCGAAGGUCGCAGAGGCGCUCAUCAAAGCGAGCGCGGCCGCGGCCGCGGCCGCGCCAGCCGCUGGAAAGGGCGGCGCCUUCGCCGUCGGCGCCAAGGUCGAGGCGCGCUACCGAGGCAAGGCGAAGUACUACGCCGGCGUGAUUGCGACGGACAACGGCGACGGGACCUACAACAUCGACUACGACGACGGCGAGAAGGAGACCAAGGUCGCAGAGGCACUAAUCAAAGCGUCCGCGGCCGCGGCCGCGCCAGCCGCUGGAAAGGGCGGCGCCUUUGCGGUGGGCGCCAAGGUCGAGGCGCGCUACCGGGGCAAGUCGAAGUACUACGCUGGCGUGAUUGCGACGGACAACGGCGACGGGACCUACAACAUCGACUACGACGACGGCGAGAAGGAGUCGAAGGUCGCAGAGGCGCUCAUCAAAGCGUCCGCGGCGGCGCCGGCGCCGGCUGCGGGAAAGGGUGGCGCGUUCGCCGUCGGCGCCAAGGUCGAAGCAAAGUACCGGGGCAAGUCGAAGUACUACGCCGGCGUGAUCGCGACGGACAACGGCGACGGGACGUACAACAUCGAUUACGACGAUGGCGAGAAGGAGACGAAGGUCGCAGAGGCGCUGAUCAAAGCGAGCGCGGCCGCGCCCGCGCCGGCGGCGACGGGCACGGGCGGCGCGUUCGCAGUCGGCGCCAAGGUCGAUGCUCGUUACCGGGGAAAAUCGAAAUUCUACGCCGGCGUGAUCGCGACGGAUAACGGCGACGGGACCUACAACAUCGAUUACGAUGAUGGCGAGAAGGAGACGAAAGUGGCCGAGGCACUAAUCAAAGCGUCCGCGGCGGCGCCCGCGCCGGCUGCCGGAAAGGGCGGCGCCUUUCCCGUCGGCGCCAAGGUCGAGGCGAGAUAUCGCGGCAAGUCGAAGUACUACGCCGGCGUCAUCGCCGUGGACAACGGCGACGGCACGUACAACAUCGACUACGACGACGGCGAGAAGGAGACCAAGGUCGCAGAGGCGCUGAUCAAAGCGAGCGCGGCCGCGCCCGCGGCGACGGGCACGGGCGGCGCGUUCGCUGUCGGCGCCAAGGUCGAAGCAAAGUACCGGGGAAAAUCGAAGUACUACGCCGGCGUGAUCGCGACGGACAACGGCGACGGGACCUACAACAUCGACUACGACGACGGCGAGAAGGAGACCAAGGUCGCCGAGGCGCUCAUCAAAGCGUCCGCGGCCGCGCCGGCGCCGGCGGCGACGGGCACGGGCGGCGCGUUCGCUGUCGGCGCCAAGGUCGAGGCGCGCUACCGCGGCAAGUCGAAGUACUACGCCGGCGUCAUCGCAAAGGAUAACGGCGACGGUACCUACGACAUCGACUACGACGACGGCGAGAAGGAGUCGAAGGUCGCAGAGGCGCUCAUCAAAGCGAGCGCGGCCGCCGUGCCGGCCCCUGGAAAGGGCGGCGCGUUCGCUGUCGGCGCCAAGGUCGAAGCCCGCUACCGGGGAAAAUCGAAGUACUACGCCGGCGUCAUCGCCGUGAACAACGGCGACGGCACGUACAACAUCGACUACGACGACGGCGAGAAGGAGUCGAAGGUCGCGGAGGCGCUCAUCAAAGCGUCCGCGGCGGCGCCCGCGCCGGCUGCCGGAAAGGGCGGCGCCUUCCCCGUCGGCGCCAAGGUCGAGGCGAGAUAUCGCGGCAAGUCGAAGUUCUACGCCGGCGUCAUCGCCGUGGACAACGGCGACGGGACCUACAACAUCGACUACGACGACGGCGAGAAGGAGACCAAGGUCGCAGAGGCGCUCAUCAAAGCGUCCGCGGCGGCGCCGGCGGCGACGGGCACGGGCGGCGCCUUCGCCGUCGGCGCGAAGGUCGAGGCGCGCUACCGAGGCAAGCCGAAGUACUACGCCGGCAUCAUCGCCGCGGACAACGGCGACGGGACCUACAACGUCGAUUACGACGACGGCGAGAAGGAGACCAAGGUCGCGGAAGCCCUCAUCAAAGCGUCCGCGUCGGCCCCGGCCCCGGCCCCGACCCCCGCCGCGCCGGCCCCGGCGCCGGCCCCGACCCCCGCCGCGCCCGCGCCGGCGCCCGCGGCCGCCGCGGAGGCGGGCGACCAGCUGACGUCGCUCGAGGAGUCGCAGCGGUCGACGAACAAGCUCUUCGCCGCCGCCGCGGCCCUCAAGAAGACGGAGUCCAUGGCGUCGGUCAACGCGGCGGAGAACCUCGCCGCGGCCGCGCGGGACCUCGAGUCGUCGACGGACGCGCUCGCGGCCGCGGGCCUCCGGGCCGCCGCGCAGGACCUGAACCGCGAGGCCGUCGCGCGCGCGGAGGCCCACAUGCGCGAGGCGGCGGCGGAGGACGCGGCGGCCGUCAAGGACGCGCUGCGGAGCGCGGCGGCGGCGACGGACGGCGACGCGGCGGCCGCGGCGGCCGCGGGGCUCGCGGCCGACGCGCGGGAAGACGCGGCGUCCGACUCCGACGGCGAGCCGUCGCCCGCGCGGCACCCGGGCGUCGACGGCGCGCCCUGGAUCGAGGGCCGCUACGGCCGGGACCGCUUCCUCGCGGAGCGGAGCCUCCGCGCGGACCGGCGCGACCGGUCGCGGCCGCGGGUCAGCAAGCUCCAGCGGACGCUUUUAGCGCGGAGCGUCGACUUCAACCCGGCGAAGAAGCGGUCCGCGCGGCUCCGGGACAAGGCCCUCGCGCGCCUCGCGACGGGCAAGGCCAGCCGGCCGUCGUGCCGCGACGACGACGGGAAGGAUCGGCCGCGGACGGCCGAGGCGCGGCGCCUCGCGCGGCACGGGUCCUACGGCGACGCGCGCCACUGCGUCUUCCGGCCCAAGACGCGCAAGGACCCCAACUCCGAGGUCAAGGAGAGCAGCGACGGCGAGGGCCCGGACGCGGAAGCUAAAACCGACAACUUCAUCCAGCGCCAGGACGCGUGGACGCGCAAGGUCCGCCGCGAGAAGGAGGCGGCUAUCGGCAAGGCGAACUACGACGUCAAGCUCGACAAGAAGGUCUGCCCGAGCUGCGGCGCCGUGCAGUCCUACGACGAGGUCGAGGAGAAGCGGGACCGCUGCGUCGAGUGCGCCGUCGCGUAUACCCGCAAGAACAAGGGCGACAUCGACGGCUUCCUCGAGUCCGUCGAGGCGCGGCGGCGCGAGGCCGAGUGCAAGAUGGACGCGCUCGCCCGGGACGUCGACCACGGGCGGUCCGUCGGCGCGAAGCGCGUCUUCCGCGACGGCCGCGUCGUCACGGAGCCCCUCUUCCCCGAGCGCCAGUCCGAGUACGCGUGGGACGCGUUCUACGAGCGCCUCGAGGCGGACCUCGUCCGCCGCCGCGACCACGCCGACGACCGCGCCGGCCUCGCGCGGUCCGGGCCCGCGGCGCUCGACCACGGCGACCCGCGCGACGACCUCGACGAGUGCACGUUCCAGCCCUCCAUCUUCACGCGGCGCCGCGGCGCCGCGGACGACAACGACCACUCCGACUUCUACUCGCGCCUCGAGGAGGACGUCAAGCGGCGCCACGACAAGCACGCGGCCCACGGCCGCGAGGACAGCCACUGCAAGCGCUGGUUCCAGCGCCAGUACAACGACGGCCUCCGCCAGCCCCACUACCACGACGACGGCAUCGCCGGGAAGCGCGUCAUCCCCGAGGCGAAGUGCGCAGGCCCGCCGGCGCCCGAGGGCCCGGCGGCGCCGAGCGGGACCAUCUCCGUCGAGAGCGGCCUCGCGGAGACGCUGAGCGCGCAGCGCCAGAGCCGGCUCGUCGACGAGCAGCAGAAAGCGCUCGAGGCGGAGGUGGAGCGGCGCGUGACCGUGGCGACGGCGGAGCGCGUCCUCGCGGCGAGCGCGGCGUGGGAGAGCGAGCGCCGCGGGCUCCUCGAGGCCCGCGAGCGCGAGCUCCGCGAGGCCGAGGCGUCGCAGCUGGACCACGUCAAGGCCCAGGUCGCGCUGCUCCACAGCAAGUACGACUUCGUGCGGCCGCCGCCCGUGCCGCGGUGCCUCGCCGAGGAGCGCGACGUCCUCAAGUGCUACGAGGACAACAAGGGCGGCGACGUCCUCAAGUGCGCGAAGCUCGUCGACGCCUACUCGGCCUGCGCGCGCCGCGUCGCCGACGACCUCGCCCGGAGCCUCCAGCAGAGCUGA